UGUUACGUCUACGGUAACCCCAGGGAGAAAACGAUGAGCUUUUUGGCUGGGAGAUUGGCCGCGAAGGAGGGAUCUUUCUUCCUACAGGAAUCGAAGCUCGCAGCCGGUCGCCUAGCCGAGAAGCUUCCCCCCUCCAGGUCGGGCGAAUCGAGCACCAACAGCUCCGCCGCAGUCAUCAAAGAACCCGCGAAUGUUCUCCCUGAAAUCCUCCGCCAUUCCAUCCCCAUAAAGGUCAAGACCACAGAGGUCGCUGAGCCAUCUCUCUCCACCGCCUCCAAAUGGCUACUAAAAGAUACCUUUCCGUCUUCUUCCUCCUCUACCUCCCCCGAUGCUCUCAACCCACUCCGCGCCUAUGUUUCUAUCCCUCAGGCCACCUUUGGCCCGAGAAGUUGGCAAGGCGUUUGCUGUUGCAACAGUGAUUGUUUUUGGUGGUGCCACUGUAUUGCUUGUUUACGCUGCUCGUAAGCUACAGAUUGAAAGUACUGAUCACAUUCGAAGCCAAGGCAGGGAUCUGAUCCAGCCCCGAGUUGUUAUGAUUAGGAAGCAAAUGGCGCCAUUAAAAUCUUGGGUUGAGAACAUCUCAAAGAAAUGGCAUGUGGAAGAACAGGGAAAAGUUGAAGAAAAACCUUUAGUCAAAGAACUUUCAAAGAAUGUGUAACACCAAGAUGUUUGGGUGAUUUGAGGCUGUGAGGAAUUGCAUAAUGGCGGAGUUCGGAUCCUUCUUAGGAGAGCCAUGAGUUGCCCAAGUCGAUGCUGCUAUUUGGUAUGCUUCUUGAAGCCAUUCUCAAAUUGUAUCUUGAGUUGACCGAAUUUUUUUUUUUUUAAUUAUAUGGUUAUAUGUCUGUCGCAUAUAGGACUAAGAUUAAAUAUGUGACUAGACUAAUUUUUGAGGAUUUACACUAAGUCAACUCUCUUAAAAUCAUAAAACUCAAAUUAUAGAGACAUCAUAAAUGGAUCACGUACUUACGCACAAGAUAAUAUAUAACAUUUUUUUAGUAAA